AUGGAACGGUUUCUGCGUCCCGAUAAACUGAACAUUGAUCCAACCGGUAAUUCCGCCUCCAAGGAAUGGGAGCACUGGAAGAGGACGUUCGAGAAUUUCUUAUCGAACUUUACAAAAGAAACAGCUGGUAUGAAAAUAGACAUACUUAUAAACCACGUAUCUCCAACAAUCUUCGCAUACAUAAGUGAAUGUACUACCUAUGAAGAAGCCCUAGACAUACUCGACAAACUAUUCAAUAAACCAAAAAAUGUAGUCUAUGCCAGGUAUAUACUAGCUACUAGGAGACAAAAGCACGAUGAGACCAUUGAUACUUAUAUGCAGGUGCUAAAAUUAUUAGCGAAAGAUUGUCAAUUUGGAAAGGUUGAUGCUGAAACGAAUAAAUCCGAUAAUAUUCGAGACGCAUUUAUUACUGGUCUCAAUUCGAGUAAAAUCAGGCAGCGAUUGCUUGAAAAUCUAACUCUAUCUCUUGACAAAGCCUAUGAUCAGGCGAGAUCGUUAGAAAUGGCGGAGAUGAAUUCACAGAGUUACGAAUCUUCAAAUUUGAAUGCUGUACAAGGUUCAUCAAAGGAAGAAGAAUCAUCAGCAGCGUCUUUCUUCAAGCGAAAAUGUUUCUUCUGUGGGGGUCGCGUGCAUCCUAGAAAAGAUUGUCCAGCACUCGACUCUACCUGUCAGAUUUGUGAAAAAAAAGGACACUUAGCUAAAGUAUGUCGUAGCAAGAAACAGACUGCUGCAUCAGUAGUCGAAACUGAAAGUAAUAAAACUAGUGCUUGUAUAAUAGCGGCAUCGCCGGACUCACUUAGAAAGGCUACUGUAACGGCGUACGUUCAAGGGAUACGCGCCCAAGCAUUAAUCGAUACAGGCAGCUCAAUUAGUUUUAUGGAUGAGGAAUUCUUUAAUCUCUGUCGUUUAAAAAAGAAACCGAGUAACCAGAGAAUUUCAAUGGCUUCGACUACUCUUACUUCCAAAGUAGAGGGACAAACUAGCGUCUCUGCCAAAAUUGGAGAUUAUGAGUACAAAAAUCUGAAUCUACUCAUAGUAAAGAAUUUAUGCGCUGAUCUCAUCAUUGGACAUGAUAUUCUGCAUCAACACUCUUCACUAGAGUUUUCUUUUGGUGGUUUGAAGGAACCUAUCAAAGUUAAUGUAUGCAGUGUUGCUGCAGCUACCGUGCCUGCCGUACCACUGUUUUCUAAUGUAUGUCCUGAAAUUAAGCCUGUUGCUAUAAAAUCGAGAAGACAUAGUGAGGAUGACAAAGAAUUUAUAAAAGAGGAAGUCAGGAAACUUUUGGCUGAUGGAAUAAUCGAAGAAAGCACGUCCCCCUGGAGAGCUCAAGUCCUUAUCACAAAAAAUGUCAACCAUAAGAAGCGUCUUGUCAUCGAUUAUUCCCAAACUAUAAACAGAUAUACUCAUUUAGAUGCGUACCCUCUACCAAACAUAGAGGAGCUGGUGUCACAAAUAUCUAGAUAUCGUAUAUUUAGCGCUAUAGAUUUGCAAAGUGCUUAUCAUCAAGUUCCUAUUUUGCUCGAAGAACGUCAUUUUACGGCUUUUGAGGCUUUAGGAAAUUUAUACCAAUUUCUCCGAAUUCCAUUUGGCGUUACAAACGGCGUCUCAAGUUUUCAAAGGACGAUUGAUUGGGUAAUCCGAAAAGAAGAUCUCAAGGGAACGUUCGCUUAUCUUGAUGAUAUUACAAUUUGUGGCAAGACCCAGCUUGAACAUGACAAAAAUCUUAAGAAAUUCUUGGCAGCUGCCCAGAAAUAUGGCCUCACUCUCAACAAAGAAAAGAGUAAGUUCUCACAAAACUCUAUUAAUAUUCUGGGUUAUAACAUAGAAGACAACAUUAUCAAACCGGAUGCAGACCGCUUGCGCCCACUUCUGAACUUACCACCACCAUCUGAUCUAUCAUCACUGAGAAGAGUGAUAGGAAUGUUUGCACACUAUAGCAAGUGGAUUCCAAAUUUUUCAGAAAAAGUUCACGAUCUUACUAAUGCAAGGAUAUUUCCAUUAAGCGACAAUUUAGUCAAAAACUUCAAUGUACUCAAAUCAGAUAUAGCCAAAUCAAGUAUUCAUGCAAUUGAUCAUAACGCACCAUUAACCGUGGAAACAGACGCGUCAGAUCAUUCUAUCGCAGCAACUUUGUCACAGGCUUCUCGACCUGUUGCCUUUUUCUCCAGAAUGCUAAACAAAAGUGAACAUAAUCACUCGGCGAUAGAAAAAGAAGCUUACGCUAUCGUCGAAUCGCUGAAGAAAUGGCGUCAUUUUCUUAUCGGCAAACCCUUCCGGCUUAUCACUGACCAAAGAUCAGUAUCUUUCAUGUUUAACAAUAAACUAACGAGCAAAAUAAAGAAUGAGAAAAUACAACGCUGGCGUCUGGAGUUGGCGCCAUUUAAGUAUGACAUUAUAUAUCGUCCAGGCAAACAAAAUGAUGCAGCGGAUGCACUCUCACGCGUAUGCAGCUCAAUAUCGACACGAAAUGAAAAGUUAUAUUCAUUGCACAAUGAUUUAUGUCAUCCGGGCAUAGCACGAAUGACCCACUGGCUUAAAUCAAAGAAUCUACCAUAUUCUACGGAAGAAAUUAAAAACAUGACUAAGUCGUGUAAAAUUUGCUCCGAAAUAAAGCCAAGAUUUUACAAACCUACAAUUGAUCCAGUUUUGAUAAAAGCUACGUCGCCUAUGGAGAGACUGAGUAUCGAUUUCAAAGGACCAGUACCUUCUAAUACGAGAAAUAAAUACAUUCUUACAGUAAUAGACGAAUACUCACGCUUUCCAUUUGCAUUUCCGUGCCCAGACAUGAACUCUUCAACGGUAAUCAAACAUUUAAAUGAAAUUUUUAUGCUAUUCGGUAUGCCGUCUUAUCUACAUUCAGAUCGAGGAACCUGUUUCAUAUCUACUGAAGUAAAGAACUUCUUAAAUUCACGUGGUAUUGCGUCGAGCAGAACUACACCUUAUAACCCAAGAGGAAAUGGACAGGUUGAACGUUUUAACGGAACUCUUUGGAAAUCAGUGCAAUUGGCUCUACGUUCGCAGAACCUACCAAUAGAAAAUUGGGAAAAGGUUCUAAACCAAGCUUUACAUUGUAUCAGAUCUUUGUUGUGCACAGCGACUUGUUGUACGCCGCACGAAAGAAUGUUUACACAUACCAGGCGGUCAUCGAAUGGAGUAUCUAUACCUACCUGGCUGACGGAAUCAGAAAAAGUAUUAAUGAGAAAAUUUAAUCGUACUAACAAGUAUCAACCUAUUGUUGAAGAAGUGACUCUUCUGCACGUAAAUCCAGACUACUCCUAUGUUCGCUAUGAGGACGGUCGAGAGACAACUGUUUCCAACCGACAUUUAGCACCAUUGAGCCUAGAUAGUCAGAUAAUGGUAGAUGAAACAACAAAUAUUGAGGCUCUUAACGAAAACUCCAAUGAAGUGGAGGACCCUAAUCCUACAUCUCAAAAUUCUGAAACCAGAUCUUCUGAUUCUGAAAAUGAGAUUGAAGACAUAGACCACCCUGAACCUCCAGCGGACACCGAACCAGAGAUUCGAAGGUCUGCAAGAGUGCGACACCCACCAGCCCACCUCGAGGAUUAUUUUCAAGGCUGA